AUGGCGAGGAGGAAAAAGCAAAAGACGAAGCACUCGUCGACAGGGCAAGAGCUCAGUCAGGCCGAGAUCUGGGACGAUUCGGCGCUGAUCCGGUCUUGGAACGAUGCUCUCGCAGAGUACGAGUACUACCACAGCAUACACGCGCGGGGUGAAGACGUGGAAGAAAUCCUCCGAAAGGCCGAGAUGGGCGAACUUGACGACGACGACGACGACGACAGCAACAACGGCAACAAUGAGAACGAGACCAACAUCAACGCUGGGGGCCACGCAAGCGCGCAGUGGCGACCGGUUCACCCAGAGCCGCCAGCUGAAGCUGCAGUUUCUAAUGGAAAUGAGAAUGCCGACGUUGCCCGUGACACUAGAUCUGAGAGUGGUGAGUUGGAAGACGGGGAAUGUGUGAGCUCCCAGGAGGAUGCCCACGGAAGCAAGCCACUUGAUCUCGAGCAGAAACGAAGGGCUGCAAUGGAUCAAUUCCAAUCCAUGUUAGUCGAGCCGGAAAAACAGCAAGAACGGCCACCUCAAUCGACAUUGGGACAGCCAUCGUCGACGAGGACAGCGACGACAGCUGUUCCACUCAUAGGACCCAGCUUGCCACCCGCGACCGCAGGUGCAAACGGACAAGCUACACCCACCCCUUCGCAAGACCAAACACUCGAGAACAUCAAGAUGGCAUAUUAUUGGGCGGGAUACUACUCGGGACUAUACGAUGGUCAACGGCAAGCUCAAGCUCAAGCCCAAACGGAAGCCCAGCAAGGAACUCAAUAA